GUGCUGGCCGGUAUCGAGGGCUAUACAGAGACGUGGCAGCACAGGCUCCCGUUGCGGCGCAUCAGGGAGUCGCGCAGGGUCGCCCUCGACUCCGAUGGCGGGCUCGAGAUCGUGGACCCCAGCGGGUUCGGGCUGCUCCCCUUGGCGCGAGGCGCGGCGGUGCCGGCGCGGGUCGCGGGGGACUGCGGCAUGCUCACGGCGCUCUCCAACGGCGAGCUGCAGGGGCACCACGCUGCGGGCACGCGGCUGGCCGUCAUCAUGGGCGCGUUCGGGCUGGAGGUGCCGUCGGACGAGGUGGCGAUCGCUGGCGUCGUGAAGAGCGCCGUGGCCCUCGUCAACUGGGGCGAGGCUCGGCGGUGGUGGUUCGCGGAGCUGGUACCCAGUCCCAAGUACGCCAUCUACGAGCGCGACAAGCCGAGUGGAGAUGGGCGGGAUCGCCGACACCUCCCCACGCGCGGCAACGACUUCGUGUCGGGGUUCGUUCCGCUCUCGCAGGCGGCCGACCAUUUCCGGCCGACGGACCUGGCGGCGGGUGUUCACGCGGAGGGCAGCGUCGCGUUGGAGCACCGUGUCCACUGCCACGUGCUGGCGCUGGCCUUUGGGUGCGACUGCCUCGAUGCCAGGAAUCUGGCGAGCCUCGAGCUGUUCGCGUGGCGCGUGCUGCAGAUCGAGCGCACGGAGCGGGUGAUCCCGAAGGCGCCGUUCGUCCAAGGGCUGGCCAAGAUGACGGAGCACGCGCUGCACGAUGGGGGCGGCCUGGCGAUGCGGGAGGUCACGGCGCACAUGGCGACGCCCGCGGAGCAUGUGGGGCGCGCCCUCAAGCAGAAUAGGCUGCCGCGCGAGGAGCUGGUGGCAAACUCCAGGGCAUCCCUGCCCUUGUCGGGCCAGUCGUCGGCACGCCGACGAGUCUCCCUGGUCAACGACGUCGCUCAGUGCCCGGACCUGCUCGUCUCGGACGCUGCCGUGGCGCUGUCUGCCCUGCGGGAGGCGGUCGAGCGGCUGCGCGUUUCCUCUAGUCCGCUGCUGGCCGACUGGAGUGUGCCCUCGGGCAAGGGCGCUCUCGCGGACUUGCUCCACUCCGACGACCUCUACGCCGUGGCGGCUGGCGCCGCGCUGGGGUCCUACGACAUCGACAAGUUGAGGGUGUCGAAAGGCGACCUGGUCCCAAAGGACGCGGCGUCCGUCACGUCGCCAGAGGCCGCGAAGCUGAUCGACGCCCCGCAUGUGCACAUCCUGAAGUCGGACGCCGAGCUCCGCGCUGACGUGGACUCGGGGGCGCUUCGCGGGCAGCCGUACUGGGACCCGAUCCUCAGGAACAGCCGGGCGAAGAAGCUGGAGUUCUUGCGGGCGUUGUCCGCUGCGGGGCUGCCUACCUGGCGGCGACGUGUUCGAUGCCGAGUUGGGUGCUUCUUCGUCAAGGAGAAGGGCUCCAUGCUUCGGCUGGUGAUCGACUCGAGGCUCUCGGCCAGCGACGAGUCCUUCCGCAUGGUCCAGGAGAGGCUCGGGCGCGUGGCGCAGGCGGAGCUCGACUCGCCUGGCGACGAUGAGCUGGUUGGGUUCUCGAUCGACCUGACCGACGGCUUCUGCCAGUUCAAGUGUGAUGCGCUGGCGUCCAUGUUUGGCCUGGGCUACACCGGUACGGCUUCCAGCGUCGCCGACGAGUUUGGGAUCGCGCUCAACGACGUGUUUGACGACGACUUGCAGGCCGCCGACCCCGUCCAACCGACCGAAGUCCUCGAGGCGUGCUUCCUCGGGAUGGCUAUGGGCUGGUCGUGGGCGCUCUACUUCUGCAACGAGCGGCCUGCGUGCAUCGGGCCGCGCGUGCCGGCCCUGGCGCCGUACGUCGACAACGCGAACAUGCUGGCGGUGGGGCGCGACGAGGGCCGGCGAGUCUUCGACCUCGUGUUGGGCGCACUGCGUCGACGAGGGUUCGCUCUUCGGGACCACGUCGACGGCGAGCCAGUUUUCGAGUUCCUGGGCCUCGUGUUGGACGGGCCGCGUCGCCGCCUGCGCCGCGCGCGCUGCUGGCGCCUAUGGUCGGCACUCGGCCGCGUCCUGACUCUGGGGCGCUUGUCUGGCGACGCCAUGCGGGUGCUCUGCGGGCACCGCUGCCACCACUUCGGGCUGCGGCCGCCGCUGCUCUCCAUCCUGCAGAGGGUGUACGCUUUCUCGCGCGAGCAGCUGGGCAAGGUCGCCAUCCUCCCGGCCGAUGUCUGGGGCGAGCUGUGGAUCGCGCGGUCCAUGCUGCCUUUUGCGGACGCUGACCUGAGGCGACCACUGUGCCGUACCGUCUGGUGUUCGGAUGCCUCCCUGCUCGGGUAUGCGUUCCAUGAGACCACGGCUGGGCUGGCCGAGGUCUUCGACGUGGCCCAGUGGAAGGAGAGGUGGCGCUUCCGCGAGGUGAUGGAGCACGUCGACCGCGAGUCCCGCGACGUGCCGGCUGCAGCGGCCAUCGGCCCGGACACCGGUCAGGACUGGGCGACAGUGAUGGUGGGUGCCGUGCGGGAGGACACCCGCGUCCCCAGCGCGGCGGUGGCAGCGCCCUCUCGACUGGGGGCGCCCUACCGGCACUUCGAGCGUGUGGAGGGCACGGUGCCGCCGCUGCCGGGUCGGCUUACCCACGCAGGGCGCUGGUCGCUGGUCGUGGCUGGCUGCUGGCGGCGACGCGAGGCGAUCCACUUGCUGGAGGCGCGCGCGGCGCUGCUGGGGCUGCGGCGGGCUGCCGGUUCGGCUGGCGGGCAGGACGCGGUGGUGGUCUCGCUCGGCGACAGCUUGAGCGAGCUGCUCGCGCAGGAGCGCGGGCGCGCCUGCAAUUACGCCCUCAACAGUUGCUGUCGGGAGGCCGCCGCGUGGCAGGUGGCGGCCGGGGUCGACUGGCGACGGAGGAACGUCGACGCCGACAGGAACCCCUCCGACAAGGACUCCAGGCUCGGCGACCGCGGGAAGCUGGCGCCCGGAGACACCUUCACACUCCACGGGCCAGCACGCCAGCGUGCACAACGACGAGCUGAUGCAUCGAACCUUCUGCAGCGCGACCUGGUCUCGGCGGCCUGGGCUGCAGUGGCGCCGUCGACGCCCGAGAGGGGCCUGGCUGCCGCGGAGCUCCGCUGUGUGGCCGGGCCCGAGGCGGCGCGGCCGUCGGCUGGUCGUCAUGCCAGUCGCUUCGUUCUAGAGCCUUUCGCAGGCUGCGAUCAUCUGUCUGGGGCCGCCCUUCAGGCCGGGCUCGACGUGGCCGUGCCCUUCGAGCUGGACAACUGCUCGCACUUCGACAUCCGCCGCCUUGGCAUCUUGGGACUCAUCAUCGAGUGGAUCCGUCAGGGCCGUGUCUGGUGGGUGCACCUGGGGCUCGCUACGGUGAGCUUCGCCGAGGCCGCGGGCCCGCCUGGCGCUGGACUCACCUGGAGGCCGCCGCCCGUGCUGGGGCAGCGCCAGGGGUCCUACGUCCGCCUCGCUGCCCUACCGCCCUUGUCAUCGGCUGGGAGCGCGCCUCCGGUGCUUGGGGUGUUCGCGUUCCUGCCGAGCGGCGGCGCGCUGGGCCUGGUUGCUGGCGCCGCGCGCCCUCGCCCUGCACGGAAGGUCGCAGUGGCCAAGAGGAGGGCGGCCCGCGGCGGCGUGACCUCCAAGGCCCUCGAGGACCUGAACGAGGCGCAGCCCGCUCCAGAGGCCGCGGCGGCGACGGAGAGGGCGGCUUGCGGCGGCGCAGCCUUGGCGGCCCCGACGGCCAGGGAGGCGCGCCCCGCCGCCGCGAUGCCGGCGGGCCUGUCCCGCGGGGAGCAGGCCAGCCGCCGCGCGGCCGAGGGCGGGCCCUCCAGCGAGUGGGGCCUGACGACCAAGGACCGCUACUCGGCGGCCUUCGACGAGUUCCAGGCCUGGGCGGUCCUGCGCGAGCAGCCGGUGAUGAAGCUGGCCAAGGACGUGGACAACCUCGACGCGAUCCCUGUGACGUUCUUCGAGGGGCUGUACCUGCGCAAAAAGGCGACCAGCAUCGCCAGGGACGGGCUCUUCGGGAAGAUCUUCGAGCUGGGCUUGGACGCGGGGCCGAACGUGCGCCCGCGCUGCCGCCGGUCGCUCCAGGGGUUCCGCCGGGACGACCCCCCGGUGUCCGCGGGCCCCCGCCCGGGCGAGGCGGCGGCGCUGGUGGCGGCAGCUCUUCUGGAGGACGGGCCCUUGCGCUCGGGGCUCAGCGGCCGAGCGUUCGGCGGGCAGUACGACCCUCUCACCAGGCCCCCCGAGACGCUGAACAUCCUGCGCGAGAACUCCGUGGCCCCAGACCCCGUGCGCGCGGCUGCCGUGGGGGCGCCCGUGCCGUCGACGUUGACGGCGGCGCGCAAGCGUCAGGCAGCGGGGCUGGCCGACCGCGGGGUGUUCGACGGCACCGUCCUCGACAAGCUCUGGGGCCUGGGCUUCGAGUUCGCCCUGGAGGUAUUCUUGGGUCUCCAGAAGUGCGCGAUCCCAUGCCAGCCGCUCUUCUCGCCGUUGAGUCUGGGCGAGUACGAGCGCCACAUCCUGAAGGGCGCGCAGCUGGCCGUCCUCAACCCGCCCCGGGUCACCCCGCACUUGGCGUGGCACGACGGCGCCAGCCCAGCCAUGCACCUGCAGCUCCUCGACCUCAAGAUGCUCCAAACGAAGGGCCGCUGGUCGGCGCCUCGCAGUGUGAAAAGGUACAAGGGCAAGCUCCUGCGCCAGGCAGCGGCCAUCCGCAACAAAAUCCCAGCAGGCGCUGCACUCCCCGACCCAGCAGGCCGCGACUCGUUGAAGAAGAUGAUGCUUGCCGCCGCCAACUCGAUCAG